UGACAUCUUGACAGUGACACGGCUGGCAGACUGUCAGCAAUUAUUUGUCUCGAGGAAUCAAACACGCUCAUCCAUAACAACUGUAAACAUCAACGCGACGGACGGGGCUUCCUUGACGUGUUUAGUAGUUGCUGGACAUGCGAAUCGAAGAGCUCGUUAUCGAGGGGUUCAAAUCGUACCCCGUUCGAACCACUAUAUCAGGGUGGGACUCGUCUUUCAAUGCAAUCACAGGUCUCAACGGUUCCGGGAAGUCCAACAUCCUCGAUGCAAUAUGUUUUGUGUUAGGCAUCACAAACAUGCAACAAAUGCGUGCGCAAAAUCAACAAGAUCUCAUCUAUAAGCGCGGACAGGCGGGAAUCACAAAAGCGAGCGUCACUAUCGUCUUCGACAACUCGGACAAGUCCGCAAGCCCCGCUGGUUUAGAAAACAGCAAGCAAAUUACUUUGACUCGGCAGAUUGCAUUGCCGAAUAUAACGAAGUAUAUUCUCAACGGCCACAAGGUCCAGCAACAGGCUGUACUUAGUUUGCUUCAGUCUGUACAGCUGAAUAUCAAUAACCCCAAUUUUGUGAUCAUGCAAGGAAGAAUCACCAAGGUUCUCAAUAUGCGGCCCCAAGAGAUCCUUGGAAUGAUGGAAGAAGCUGCUGGUACUCGCAUGUUUGAAGAUAGGAAAGAAAAGGCCAAGAAGACAAUGGGGAAGAAAGAGAAACGAGUGGAGGAAAUCACAUCACUCCUCCAAGAGGAAAUUACGCCCAAGCUAGACAAGCUACGGGAACAGAAGCGUUCUUUCCUAACCUUCCAAAAAACGACAUCGGAGCUGGAACGCCUUGCGCGCUUCCUCCGUGCCUAUGACUGGGUUGAAGCCAACUCGCGAGUUUCCAGAAAGGAUACUGCCAUUCGAGAGAAGAAAACCUUGAUUCAGGAAGCACAGCACGAAACCGAAGUAAAAGAGCGCGAGGGAGCAGAGGCCGAGAAGGAACGCGCAAGGCGUCAAGGAGCUAGCACGACUGGUACUCAGGCCGAACUCAUGGAGGGCACUAUAACAGAAGAGGAAAAGAAAGUGAACUCGCUUGAGCAGGCACUUGUUGACCUUCGGGCUUCCUUAGAGGCGCAGAGGUCUCACGUUGACGAGCGCAAAGCUUCUUACGCGUCAUCCAAGGAGUCGCAUCAAGCCUCGCAAGCCAGACUGGCGUCCUCCGAGGAACUCUUGCAGACUCUAGUAACUGGUCUAUCUUCUGCACAGAACGCGUCUUCAGCCGGUGGCUAUCUUGGUCAGCUUGCAGAAGCCAAAGCCCGUUUGACGUCUGCAUCUGCAGCAGAGGAGCAGAUAAAGAUGCGAAUCGAGAUAGUUGAGAAAGAACUGAAAGAGAAGGAAGCCAAGUGGAAAACCAUGGAGAAAGAAGCAAAGGAUGGUUCAAAGGCACUCGAAAAGGCCAGGAGUGAGAUGGAAGCCUUAACUAGUAAGCUCCAGUCGACCGGGUGGGAUUUGGAGAAAGAGGAGGCGUCGAAUCGAAUAAAGGAUGCAAAAGAAGACGUUCGCUCCUUAACAGAGAAAAGGGACGUGCUUGCGAAUAGGCUGGCUCAUCUUGAGUUCACAUAUUCGAGUCCUUCACCGUCAUUCGAUCAUUCUAAGGUCAAGGGUUUAGUCGCAAAGCUCAUCGAACUUCCCGAAGAUUCCUCAACAUAUUCGACCGCCUUGGAGGUUUCUGCUGGCGGGAAACUCUAUAACGUUGUCGUCGAGGAUGAGACUGUCGGUACCCAGCUCCUCGCCAAAGGGAACCUGAAGAAGCGUGUGACGAUCAUUCCUUUGAACAAAAUCAACGCAUUCAGAGUAUCUGCUGAGAAACUGGCAGCCGUCCAGAAAGUCGCUCCGAAUAAAGCCCAUCUUGCUUUAUCACUCGUUGGAUACUCUGAAGAUGUUGCGCAAGCCAUGGCAUACGUCUUUGGUGAUACCAUCAUUUGCGAUGAUGCGGCCUCUGCUAAGGCAGUUACGUUUAACAAAGCCAUCGCAAUGAAAUCCGUCACCGCGCAAGGCGAUGUAUACGACCCUUCAGGUCUUCUCAGUGGAGGCAGCGCCCCGAGCGGAAGUGGCACCCUGUUGAGGGUACAGGAGCUCCAUGAAGCCGAAUCUCGUCUGACUGAAGCCAUUGCCACGCUCAAGGAUAUCGAGAAAGCCGAGGCGUUGAACCAAGCAAGGAAGGACUCAUGGCGAAGGCUGGAGCGCGAGCUAGAGAUCAAGACUCAUGAGUUACGUCUCCUUGAGGAGCAGGUCGGAGCUAGUAAUGCGUCUAGGCUCGGCGCCGAAGUCGAAAAUCUCAAGGGAACAUUGGUUGAACUUCGCGAAACAAUGGGAUCUGCCAAGCAGAAACAGCAAGAUGCGAAGAAUGAGUGCAAAAAGUUGGAACGAGACAUGGACGAGUUCAAGAAUAACAAGGAUUCGAAGCUUAAGGAGCUCAAAAGCGACAUCGCCAAACAGAAAUCUGCGCUCUCGAAGGAAGCUACCGCAUUGAAGACUUUGCAGAAAGAGACGCAGACCGCGACACUCGAGUAUGAGCAAACGGAGAAAGACAUUGAUGCUUCGCAGCAUGAAGUCGAGGAAGCUAGAGCGAGCGUCCAGACAUUCAUUAACGAGCUUAAAGCUUUAGAGGAGCGGCGAGUGGCACAUCAGGCUGGUCACGACCAAAUUGAAGCCAAAUUAAAGAAAGAGCGUGCCGAGCUAUCCAGAUUUGACGAUGAACUUCGUGAACUAGACCUUGUUAUCAAGGAGAAACGGCAAGCAGAUGCCGAGCACAGCGUCACAAACCUUCAAAAAGAACGUGCGGCGGCUGCCAACGCCGUCACAGCACUGGAGAAGGGGAACCCUUGGAUCGAAUCUGAGAGAGAGCACUUUGGCAAGCCAGGCACUGUAUACGACUUUGGCAAACGUGACGUUCAAAGCGAGACUGAAAAAGCACGCGAGCUUGAAGACCAGCUAAAGGGCAUGCGCAAGACGGUGAAUCCAAAAGUCAUGGGCAUGAUUGAGACUGUCGAGAAGAAGGAAGCAGAACUCCUCAAGAUGUUAUCGACCGUGCUAAAAGACAAGGAGAAAAUUGAAGAUACAAUCGCGGAACUUGAGAGACAUAAGCGUGACGCCCUUCAGAAAACAUGGAACAAAGUCAACGCCGACUUCGGUGCCAUCUUCGCAGAGCUACUGCCUGGGAAUUUUGCGAAAUUACAGCCUCCCGAAGGCAUGGAUUUGACUCAGGGACUCGAAGUUAAAGUCCAGUUGGGCAGCGUGUGGAAACAGAGUUUAACCGAACUCAGUGGUGGCCAACGGUCGCUCAUCGCAUUGUCCUUGAUCAUGGCUCUCCUCCAGUUCAAGCCCGCACCUAUGUACAUCCUUGAUGAGAUCGACGCAGCGUUGGAUCUAUCUCAUACACAGCACAUCGGGCAGCUGUUCAAAAAUCGCUUCAAGGGCUCGCAGUUCAUCGUAGUAAGCUUGAAGGAGGGUCUCUUCACCAAUGCCAACGUGCUAUUCCGGGCCCAAUUCCGCGAUGGGACUAGUGUUGUCACCAGAACAGCCCAACGAUCCGCCUCGUCGAUCUAUGAUCCAGGAAAGGAGAAUAGCAGGCCAAGCGCUCGGACGAAGUAAUAUGAUAUAAUCCGUACUGUAAAACGCUGUUAAUUACAUGCAUUGCUUGUAACUGUACACUGUGUUGUGUAAUGGAACCAGUACACUGGACAUAAG